UGCUUCGAUAUAUCAACAAUCGAUAAGCAAAUUAAAUAAAUCGAUUUUUGAACUAUUCACCACUGUGCGAAUUAAUUAUUAUGAAAGCAUCUCAAAUCAUUAACCAUCCGUUCGUUUGAAUAUUAAGUGUUAUUUAAUACAGAAGGUUAAUGAUCAAAUAAAGAAAAUAUGCUGCGUUUAGCAAUAAAUAGAGGAGUAGCUCCAAUAGCCUUUUUACCAUUUUUCGGUGGACCAAGUCGAAAUGAUGCUGUACCCGAAGAUAAAUUAGCUGAAAUAACCCCAAUGAGGGUUGGCAUGGACAAAGUGAAAGACUUUUUCAUUGACGAAAAUGGUUAUACUACUAAAGAGUUACAGUCUGUUAUAAAUACAACAGCUGCAGGCAUGGUAGUUGGAUUUAUUAUAGGCGGAGUAGCUAGAUCAAGAUUUGUUACAGAAAAUUUUGUAGCGGACAAUCAAGCGACCAUAUUUAAGAAUCACUACGAGGCCAAAAGACUAUUGCAUUAUAAAGUAGCUGUGGCAAUUUGUAAAGGAGGUCUACCGUUUAGUUUUAAACUUGGAACAUUUUGUUUCUUAUUCUCGGGUACAGCUGCAGCUUUACAAGUAUAUAAAGGAAAAUUUGAUCCAUUGAACCAUGUUAUUGGUGGUGCCGUAGCAGGUGCUGUGUACAAAACUAACAUGGGAUUGAAAGGAGCAGUUGCAGGUUGUGUUCUUGGGACUAUAUUAGGUGCUAUAUCCGGUUCUGUAGCGUCAAUAAUAUUAUAUGUAACUGGAACAGAAAUGGGUGAUCUGUACAAAGCGAGUAACAAAUGGAUAAAUGCAAGACAAGACAUUAUCCAUGAACAGAGAAAGUUUCUGAACGAGGAACAUAAACAGUUCAAGCAGGCAUAUGAUGACCAUCAAAAUAUGAGAAAAGCGAUUUAUGGAGAUGAAAAGCAAAAACAAUAAAAUUUAAAGAAAAAUUUUAAUAAUAGUUUAGUAUGUUUAAUCAACAUACGCCUUGAUUUGUAUAAACACUGAAUUAUAACAUAUUG